AUGGCUUCCUUUGUGAACGAGCUCGUCGAAUACGUCGACCUUAGCAAGCAGAGCUUGUUGGUGUCUGCGUCCUCCAUUGCCUUCAAUCCCCUCUUUUGGAACAUCGUCGCCCGCCAAGAAUACCACAACAAGCUCCUAACAAAGCUCUUUGGUGGAAACUCCAAGGUCGGAUGCUAUGCCCUCGCCGCCACCAUCUUCUCCCUCGGCAUGGUCCGCGACUUGAUCUACAAGAGCGCCAUCGCCGAGCAGCCCUCGCACCCUCUCUUCGAUAGUGUCUACGUCCAAGCCGCCGCCCUCACCCUCUUCGCCGUCGGCAACGUCCUUGUCGUCACCUCCACCUGGCGCCUCGGCAUCACUGGCACCUUCUUGGGUGACUACUUUGGCAUCCUCAUGGACGAGAUGGUGACAGGUUUCCCUUUCAACGUGACCAGCUCUCCCAUGUACACGGGCUCAACCAUGAGCUUCCUUGCCACCGCCCUGUACUUUGGCAAGCCUGCCGGCAUCCUGCUCACUGUCUGGGUGUACAUUGUCUACAAGAUCGCUCUGCUGUACGAGGACCCCUUCACCUCCGAGAUCUACGCCAAGCGUGAGCGCGAGCGUGCUGCCGGCAAGAAGCAGAACUAA